UGGGGGAUACAGGGUCUGGGACUCUGUGGUGGUGCUGGGGAAGGGAUUUCUCAGGGGCUGGUUCCAAUUCCCUGUGUCCCAGCGUUGCCCCCACAGAGUCUCUCCCAGUGGUUCCCGUGGGUUUUCACUGCGUGGGCUCGCACGUGGGGUGUUGAGGGUCAGACACAGGAGGGAAGAUCGUUUGCACCCUGUCUUCUGUGGUGGGUUAAUGCAGCAGCACGGGGAUGCAUCUUCCCGGGAUUAGGCACCUAAUGGGGUGAUGACACAGAGGGGACAGUGCUGUGAGCCCGCUGCGGGGUCCUGUGCGGGAUGGGAGUGUGGUUUCCCCAUCUCCCUGGACAGUGGUGUGCUCACAGCCUGGAAUUCGCUUCACUCCCCUUCCCAGCUGGGCCGCCUGCACCCAGCAGCCUUUCCGAGGCUCCUGCUGUGGGAUUGUUGCUGUGUCAGGGCUGGGGGAUUGCAGGGGCGAUGAUUCAGGGACUGAUCCCUUUACAGGGGAGAGCAGAUACCAAUCCUGGGGUGCUUCUCGCUGUGGCCUCGCCCCUGUGGUUCCUGCUCUUCCUGGAGCAACCCCUGCCUGUGGGGACGCACAACCGCUUGGGACAAGGAAAUUGCAUCAGGGCUUGUGCAAGCCCGAGGGCUGGGGGUGCCCCGGGCAGCUGCCCUUACCUGAGCUUCCCUGUGACUCACAAACACGCCAAGGAUCUCACGGCCUCCUGUUCCAGAUCUGUUCAGGGCUCCCUAGGUGCCUGGCAGGGGACAAUCGGGAUGCCUGGAGGGGCUCUUGUUGCUCUGGUGGCACCCUUUAGGCGCCCCCCCCUCCCCAGGGUCCUGCAGCCGGGGGAUUUGGGGCUGGAAGGUGCUGAGCAGCCCCGGCACAGGCGUGUGUGAGGCUCUGCACACCCUCUGUGUGUGUUUGUGCGGUCACAGCUGUGUGUCCAUGCGUGUCCAGUGCCCACUCGCGCUUCCCCAGCCCAGCCUGGCAGGGCCCGUGCAGGGGACAGGUCACUCGGGCUAUCGAGACGCUGCCUCGCCUGCCCACCCCUGUCCUGGCUGUGACAUGGCAGCAGGGGACACGAAGUGGGGCCGGGGGCUCUGGGUCUCUGUGGAUGAACUUGUCCGUCCUUGGAUGGGUCCCCUCCAUCACCCCCCAGGUCCUCUCCAUCGUCCCCCCGGUGUCUCCUCCGCCGCCCGCCCUCCUCCAGCCCCGAGCGCGGCGCGGCCGGGCCGGUGGGUCCCUCUCCCGGUGCCCGCUCGCACUGCACGGCUCGGGCCGCCCGCUGGAGCAGCCUGGAAGGUCCCGGGACAGGGAGAACCGGGGCUGGGGGCUCUGCUGGGGCCGGGGGCAGCGCGGGAGGCGCUGGGGCUCUUCCGUGCCGUGUUCCCGGGGGCCGUCCUUGCCUGUUCAUUGCCUGAUGUGGAAGCUCCCGCUGGAGCGGUGGGGAGAGGGACUCCGUGUGUGUCCCCACGUCUCUGCCUGACCCCUGUCCGGGCCCUCGCCGGGCAGCCCCGGCCGCCAUCCCCUCCUCAGGGGACGCGGGGUGGCCACCGGCGGGUCCCCGGCACAGGAGAGCUGGGGAAGGGGUGCGGGGGCCAGCCCAGGCUCGCAGCGGGGCUGGCAGGGCGAAGCCGCGGGCACGUGUCGGGAUGCCGGAUGCGGCGGCACCAGGAUGCACCGGAGAGCCCGAGGGAGCGCCCAGCCCGCGGGCACCUGCGCCCCAACCGGUCCCUCGGUGUUUUCAUGGGACCUGAUUCAUCCCGGAAGGGAUUAGGGACGGGGGAAAUGGGUGACGUUGUGGUCUGACCAGGAGCCGGGAUGGACACUGGCGUCAGAGCUGGUCCCUGCUGCUCAGUGCCACGCACGGUCCCCGGGACACGGAGGAGCUGGUGCCCAUGGCAGGAGCUGCGGCCCCCGCGGCGCGGGGCACUGCACCCCCCUGGCGCGCCUCCAGGUCCCAGGACCAGCCUCGAGGUGCUGUGUGGCUCUGCUUCUUGCUCCUGCUGCCCACCUGUGUCUCUGCCACCACCACCAAUCCUGGCAUCAAGGUCUGGCUGACCCAGAGGACGCUGGAGUUUGGCCGGCGCUUUGGGCUGGAGCUGCUCCAGUCGAUGCUGCAGAAGGAGCAUGAGCUGAACCUGACGGGUUCCUACAACACCCCGCUCCUGGGAACUCUCACCUACGCUGUGCCACGGAUCCACAUCCGUGAGCUGCAGAUGAAUGAAUCCACGCUGGGCUUUGCCGAGGACGUGGGGCUGAGGCUGACGGUGCAGCGCGCCCGAAUCCAGCUCAGCGCCGACUGGGCAGCCCGGCUGGGGGCCAUCCAGGACAGCGGCUCUGUGGAGCUCCGCAUGCAGGACCUGGCCGUGGCAGCGGUGCUGGGGGUGAGCGAGGAUGGCAGUGGCCACCCCACGGUUUGGAGCGCCGGCUGUGACACCCACGGCACCGACCUGCGCAUGGAGUUUCACCGUGGAUACAGCUGGCUCUACAACCUGCUGGCACCUCUGCUCCAGAGAACCCUGCGGCAGCAGCUGAACAAGCAGCUCUGCCUCGUGCUCCACAGGGGCAUCGACAGGCUGGACGCUGCCCUGAAGCACAUGAAAGUGUCCACCCAGCUGGACACCAUUGCUGCCAUCGACCACUCCCUGCUGGGACCGCCGGCCUUCACAGAGGAGUAUGGGGACCUUGCCCUCAAGGGAGAGAUCUUCAGGGUGGGCACGUACCAGCAGAGACCCUCAGCACUGCCUGUGGCAUUACCCUUGGCACUGCCCGUGGCUUUGCCCACGCCCCUGCCCACGCCCCCGCCCAUGGCCCACGAGCCCACGCUGCUGCUGGCUGUCACCGAGCUCGUCGCCAGCUCGGCCGCCUUCACCUACUUCACAGCCGGGGCCCUGCGCAGGAACAUCUCCAGCGACGUGCUCCCCCGGCGGUUCCCGCUCCAGCUGAGGACCAAGAGCAUGGAGGUCUUCUCCCCUCAGCUGCAGGAGCGCUAUCCAGACCAGCCCAUGGAGCUGCACCUCUGGGCCCGCCAGCAGCCCCUGCUCUCCUGCCAUCCUGAUGCCCUGCACGGGACCCUCUUCAGCUCUGCCGAGGCCUUCGUGGUGCUGCCCAACGCCACCCGUGUCCCUGCCUUUCUGCUGAACAUCGUGAGUGGCUGCUGCUGCCACGGCUCAGGGAGCCAGGGGACCCCAAAGGACCUGGCUGGGGCUGGUGUGCCUGUGCUCCUGGCUGGGGCCAGCUGGCUGGCACUGGGGGAUACUGGGGCCAUGCUGGGUGGUGCUGGGGGAUACUGGGGCCAUGCUGGGUGGUGCUGGGGGAUACUGGGGCCAUGCUGGGUGAUGCUGGGGCAUACUGGGGCCAUGCUGGGUGAUGCUGGGUUGCAGGCACUGCCGUGGUCUCUCCAAUGUCUCUUCCUGCUGCAGGAUGCCAACGUGACAGGGAUGCCGACAAUCACCAGGAACAGACUCGGGGGCACUGUGAGACUGACAGGGCUCCAUGUAACCCAAGUGGCAUCAAACGUGGGCCCAGUGGAGGUGAGUGGCUGUGCCAGGGAAGCCAAGGGGUGCCUUGGAUUCCACAUCACCUUGUGGAGAUUCUGGGGUGCUGUGGACCCCAUGCAUGGCAAGUCUGGCGGGGGGCUGAGCCCUGCCUGCAGCAUGGACCCCUCUGCCUGUGCUGAGCCGGGCUCAGGGCCUGCCUGUCCCACAGGUGAAGCGUCUGGAGACCCUGCUGAAGUUUGGGCUGUGGCUUUUUGGGGUUCCCCGGGCAAACAAGUGGCUCCAGGCUGGCAUCCCCCUGCCCCUCCCACGCGGCCUCAGCCUGCUCAGACCCCGGCUCUCGCUGCACCAGGGCUUCGUGCUCAUCGCCACGGACCUGCGGUACGAGCCAUGAGACCAGCUGCCUCGCGGGAACCCGCCGGUCCUGUCCCCGUCCCCAUCCCGUGCCAUCGUGCCCCGUGGCUGGCACAGCCCCCCGUCCUCGGCAGGGAUUAAAGCGGGAGCGGAGCUCAGCCCGGUGUGCUCUGGGGUGUCUCGGGGAGCCCCCACGCCCUGUCUGCCAGGUCCCAUUCCCGACUCCACAGCGGGGCAUCGCCGUGUCCUCUGCUGCGAGGGGCUCUGGCUGUGCCCUGGGGUCCGUCCCCUGCGGGGGGCUCCGGGGGGCUGGGGACGGGGCGGGCUGGGGACGGGGCUCGUGGCCCUCGGGGACCGGGGUUCCCUCCGAUCCUCGCGGCUCUGUCGGUCGCGGGGUCCCCGUGCUGGCGCUCCCGCAGCCGCUGCGGCCGCAGCUGCUCCCGCUGCCCACGGGAUGGUGCUCGUGUCCGCGGGCUCCCGCCGGCCACGGAGCGCGCCGGGGCCCGGCCGCUGCCCCCGCUCCGGGGGUCCCCCGAAAGGACCGGGGAGGGGGCUGGGCAAGGCUGAGCUGGGCGCGUCCUGCCGCGGGAGGGAUGCGGGGGGCUCGGCGUUCCCCGUACUCGUGACAUGCCAAAACAGGCCGGGUGUUUGUGCGGUCCAAACCGUGCUGCGGUGAGCCCCGCACAAAGGGAAGGUGCUCCUUUGGAGGGUAGCCCCGGGAAUGCGGGGGGCUGUGGGUCCCAGUGAGGUUGUGAGUCCCCUGCCCUCCUCCUCCCAACGUGACAACGGGUGCUGAGCCCGUGUCCCCAAAACCAGCACCCCCGGCCCAGCUGAGAGCCUGCCCUGGGCUCUCCUGUCCCCAUCACCCCUUCGUGCCACCCCACCACCAUGCCUCUGGACCACAGCAAACUGCCCUUGGAGCUCCCCAACCCUUCCCUGGGCAGGGAGGGACCUUAUCCCCAUCCAUCCAUCCAUCCAUCCAUCCAUCCAUC